AUGGACGAUACCACAUCAUACAAGACAGAUAAGGUCACGUUUACGGUGCUCGUGACUGGGGCGAAUAGUGGUCUCGGCUUCGCGAUAUCCUGUCGCUUGAUCGACGAGUUCCUCUUCACUCGUCCGCAGAGCCAGACUUUACAUUUACUCUUCUCCACCCGAGAUGCGCGGAAAUCCGAGGACACGCAGCGGCGGCUUAGGAAGCACUUGCAGAAGACGCUGCAAGAGGCGAAUGGCAGGACGAUGGGGAUUAGUCUCCUGCUGGAGGCGCGGGUGAAGCUCGAAGGCGUGCUGGUGGACUUGCUGCAGUUGACGAGCGUGAAAGCUCUCGCGGAGCAACUCCUCCGACGAAAUCAGAAGAUCGAUGCGGUGGUUUGGAACGCUGGGAUUGCUGGGUGGAAAGGCCUGAACUGGCCCAAGGCCAUCUGGCAUAUCCUCACCGACUUGAUCCACGCGUCGACGUAUCCGACGUACCCCAUCCCCCUCGAGGGACUCGUGACGAAGGCACAGACGGGGUCGAGUGACGAGCCGCAGCUGGGCCAGGUCUUCACGGCGAAUGUGUUUGGGCAUUAUCUGCUCACGCACUGGCUGAGUCCACUCAUGGGAUCGGAGACGCGGAUCGUCUGGAUCUCGAGCAUCAGUGCCCUGCCGGAGACGUUCAGUCCGGAAGACCUCCAGGGUUUGAAGGCGCAGAUGGCGUAUGAAGGCUCGAAGCGCCUGACGGAUUUGUUGGUCCUCACGUCGGAAUUGCCCUCGACGCAGGCCUAUACAUCCACUUUCCUCCCCGAGCAAGAAGGACAACGACAACGACCGAAAAUGUACGUCACCCACCCCGGCGUCGUCGGCACCUCCAUCGCGGGCCUCCCCCGCCUGCUCGAACUCCUCAUGUUCGCCGCCUUCUACAUCGCUCGCUGGCUCGGCUCCCCCUGGCACCUCGUCUCAGCCUACAAAGGCGCCGUGUCGGCCGUCUUCGCGGUCAUCGCGCAUGCGUCGCAACUGCCCGAGCUGGAGGAGCGGGAGGGCAAAGGGAAAUGGGGGUCGGCCACGGGGGUGUAUGGGGAUGAGAGGGUGGCGCGGACGGAGGUCGAGGGGUGGGCGUUUUGUGGACGGGUGGGCGUCGUGCCGACGGGGAGUGUGACGGGGCCCGUGGGGAGGUAUCGGGGACGGAGGGAGACGACGGGGGAGGGGAGGGAGGGGUUUGAGGAGGAGGGACGGAGGGUUUGGAGGGAGUUGGAGGCGCUGAGGGGGGAGUGGGAGGGAAGGCUUGGGGGGAUUGGGAUUGGGCAGGAGGGUUCUGUUGUGGAUGGUUGA